UUCGGCCAGCUGAUCGCGAGGAAGAGAGAGCGCGUCCAGGACUCUACGCUGUUUAAUCUCCUAAAAUUCACAUAAAAUGCACUGGAUGAGGAAAUUAGGGCGACUGAGCGUACUAGCAGCCACGGCAGGAGGAGCUAUUGCCGGUUAUGUCAUUACAAGUGAGGAAAACCGAAAAAUCGCUCUGGCAUCGUGGACAACAGGAUACACGCCUUCCGUCAAGUGGGACUGGAAUUGGGACAGGCGAGAAGUGCACAGUUUAGUGAAGCCUCCAAAAUCCAAAGCAGACGAAAACAAUAAUGGCCUCGAUGGUCAUGACGAUCGCUACGAAAAAGUCCGUCCCACUGCUUCUCGGCAUUUGAUCUUCAUCCGUCACGGGCAAUACAAUCUGGAGGGAGCUUCGGAUCAUGAACGUUAUCUCACCAGUCUGGGUCGAGAGCAAGCAGCUUUGACUGGACUACGCCUUCAAGAACUCACCUACCCAUACUCUCGUGUUGUCUACUCAACAAUGACUCGUGCCACAGAAACUGCAGAAAUCAUCCUGAAGAAGCUAGAUAAUGUGGAAGUAAUUGAAAGAUGCGAUUUAUUAAGGGAAGGAGCACCCAUACCCCCAGAACCUCCGAUUGGGAGCUGGAAGCCAGAGAUGCACAAGUUUUACGCCGAUGGCGCACGCAUCGAAGCUGCCUUCAGAAAAUAUAUCCAUAGAGCUCCAGCCUCCCAGGAAAAAGAUAGUUAUGAGGUCUUUGUGUGUCAUGCCAAUGUUAUCAGAUACUUUGUGUGCAGAGCUCUCCAGCUGCCCCCGGAAGCCUGGUUGCGCCUCACCCUGCACAACGGCAGCAUGACACACCUUGUGGUUCGACCAGACGGGCGGGUGGGCCUUUGGCAGCUAGGGGAGUGUGGGUACAUGCCUCCUGAGAAGCUCUCGCGAACGUAGAGCUCUCAGCUUCUGUAAUAUCUUGCGUUGCACUUUGUGUAGACCAUAAAAUGUGUUUGCAGACCAUAUUGGAAACAAUGAAGUUAUUGAAUUACUGACGAAUUGAUGGCAUCUGGCAACAAAAAUUUUUGUGUAAGCUGUUGGCACUUUUAACGAGAGACGCUAUUGAUUCACAAAUAUCUCAGGAAGGUGAACAUAUGAUUUUAACCUUUUCAAGGACCAGGAUAUGAGUAAUGUUUUCCUUGAUGUUUUAAAUUUUUGUCUUGAUUAGCAAUUUUAGGAUUUUAGGUCUUGAUUUUGACAGCCCAGAUUGAUAGAAUUACUAAGUUUGUUUCUUGUGAUAGUGAUUUACAGUAUAACCUUAUACUAGGGUCCUACGGAUAAUGAGGGUAAUACGUGUAUACUGCACAAUAUAUAUACACUUCCUUUUAAUAAAAUAUUAUAUUUUA